AUGAAACAACCCAUCCGAGUCGGCAUCCUGGGCCUCAGCGCCGGCGGAAGCUGGGCAGUCGCCGCUCAUCUUCCGUAUCUCAACAGCUCUGCCAAGUAUUCCAUCACCGCCGUGUGCAACUCCUCUGUUGAGAGCUCAAAAGCAGCCAUUGAGAAGUACGGCCUUCCAAGCUCGGCCAAGGCGUACGGUCGUCCUGAAGACCUUGCCGGAGAUGCAGACGUCGACCUAGUGCUGUGCUCGAUCAAUGUCGCGCUUCACCACCCUGCCUUGCUUCCCGUGCUUAAGGCCGGAAAGGACGUCUAUUGCGAGUGGCCGUUGGGCAGCAACCUCAAACAAGCGGAGGAGCUGAAUCGUCUGGCGAAGGAGAAUGGGUGUAAGACCAUCAUCGGCUUGCAAGGCGGGCAAUGCCAGGUCGUCAACACGCUGAAAGAGAUUUUGGCCCAGGGGAGGAUUGGCAACAUCUUGAGCAGUACCUUUGCUGGUGCGGCGCAAUAUGUUGGGCCCGAGGAGCAGGAGGACAAGGCGUACUUCUUCCAGGCCGGCGUCGGCGGCAACCUGGCGACCAUCUUCUUCGGACACACCAUCCACAUUAUCUCGUCCGCGCUGGGAGAACUCAGUUCACAUACCUCGAUUUUGGAUACCAAGAUCCCCACGGUGGACCUGACGGACAAGCCGUCGACGGACCCAUCGCGUAAGGUCGUCCGGACGGUCAAGCGGGAGACACAUGACCAGGUGCUGCUCCAGGGCCGCUUCGAGUCCGGUGCCCUGCUGUCGUACCACCUGUACGGCGGCAAGGCGUUCGCGCCGGGCGAGGGCCUGCAUUGGAGAAUCCUGGGCGACCGGGGAGAGCUCAGCAUCACGGCCAGCGGCACCAACCUGCAGAUGGGCUUUCCGGAUUGCAAGAUACGGCUAUUUGACAACCGAAAGGACACCGUUGAGGAAAUCCCACUCGUGGAGGACGAGUGGACCAAGUUGCCUAUCCCGGCACAGAACACGGCCAGGAUAUAUGAGGCGUUUGCGAACGGCAGGACCGGUGAUUACCCUGACUGGGACUUGUCGAUCCGAAGGCACAAGCUCAUUGAUGAGAUGUAUAAAGGUGUCAAAGGUGGCUGGUGA